AAAAAUUGUAAACUUAUCGUAAUGGUGGUGAUUCUAGUAAACUGCCGACUGAUUGCUUCUAUUUUUAUUUGUAUUUUCUAAUUAAUUAGCAAUAAUCGUAAUAUUUAGUGCUGUGGCUGCGGCCAUAUGAUGCUUUCUUAUGUCGGGUAUAGCUAAAACGCCAGUUUUGGCCGAGGAGGGUGGUAACAAUCAAAGUAGAAAACGUUCUCUUCAGACCAGCGAACAGUGCAAUAAUAAAAGAACAAAAUCCGACGAAAUGAGUGCCAAUGAGAAGAAAUCAAACUUUUCCUUGCUGACUCCCAACUCCAAUGGGACCAUAAAGAUGACGUCGUCAUCAAUGAACAAGCCUGGUGCAGCCACCAAGAAAUUGGUUAUAAAGAAUUUUAAAAGUAAGCCGAACCUUCCAGAAAACUAUCAGGAGACGACAUGGAGCAAGUUGCGGGAGGCGGUGAUCGCCAUACAGACGUCCAAGGCGAUCGCGUACUCGCUGGAGGAGCUGUACCAGGCGGUGGAGAACAUGUGUAGUCAUAAGAUGGCAUCCCAACUAUACGUGAACUUAACAAACCUGGUGGAAGCCCACGUGAAGGCCAACAUCGAGCAGUUCCUCUCGGAGAGCAUGGACCGGCAGGUGUUCCUCAAGCGCAUGGACGACUGCUGGCGAGCACACUGCCGCCAGAUGAUCAUGAUACGUAGCAUCUUCCUAUAUCUUGACCGCACCUAUGUACUGCAGAAUCCUAGUAUACAUUCUAUAUGGGACAUGGGCCUAGAUUUAUUCAGACACCACAUAGCAAUGAACACAUUAGUCCAGACGCGGACAGUGGACGGCCUGCUAACACUUAUAGAGCGGGAACGUGGAGGUGAUGCUGUAGACAUAUCCCUACUCAAGAGCUUGCUUAGAAUGCUGUCCGAUCUGCAGAUCUAUCAAGAUGCUUUUGAACAUAAGUUCCUGCAAGCAACAGAACGUCUAUACGCGGCGGAAGGCCAGAGACUGAUGCGAGAGCUGGCAGUCCCUCAGUACCUCGCGCACGUGGAGAAACGACUCCGAGAGGAGAACGAGAGGCUGCUACAUUAUCUAGAUCCUUCUACCAAAUGGCAAUUAAUCCACACGAUAGAACGACAGCUGCUGAGCGAGCACCUGUCGGGCAUCCUGGGCAAGGGGCUGGAGGCGCUGAUGGACGGGCCGCGGCUGCAAGACCUCACCACGCUCUACGCACUCUUCAGCAGGGUCAAGGACGGCCUCAGUGAACUGUGUAACCACUUCAAUGCUUAUAUUAAGAAAAAAGGUCGCACGAUAGUAAUAGAACCGGAACGCGACAAGACUAUGGUGGGAGAACUACUGGAGUUCAAGGAACAGCUAGACCACGUGGUGAACACGUGCUUCCAGCGCAACGACAAGUUCCUGUACUCCAUGCGCGAGGCCUUCGAGUACUUCAUCAACCAGCGACAGAACAAGCCCGCUGAGCUUAUCGCUAAGUUCGUGGACGUGAAGCUCCGCGCGGGCAACAAGGAGGCGACGGAGGAAGAACUGGAGCGCUUGCUCGACAAGAUCAUGGUGCUGUUCCGGUUCAUACACGGCAAGGAUGUCUUCGAGGCUUUCUAUAAGAAGGACUUAGCGAAAAGGUUGCUAGUCGGCAAAUCAGCGUCAGUAGACGCAGAGAAGUCGAUGCUCAGUAAGCUGAAGCAGGAGUGCGGCGGCGGCUUCACCUGCAAGCUGGAGGGCAUGUUCAAGGACAUGGAGCUGUCCAAAGACAUUAAUAUUACUUAUAAGCAGCACUUAGCAGCGUCAUCAGAGAGUUCCGGCUUAGAACUGAGCGUGUACAUCCUGACACAAGGCUUCUGGCCGACAUACCCGCCGGUGGACGUCCGCCUGCCGGCCGAGCUGACGCGGCACCAGGAGCACUUCAGCAAGUUCUACCUCGCCAAGCACUCGGGCCGCAAGCUGCAGUGGCAGGCCACGCUCGGACACUGUGUGCUGAGGGCACACUUCACACAGGGUAACAAAGAGUUGCAGGUGUCGCUGUUUCAAGCGCUCUGCUUGCUGCUCUUCAACGAUGGAGACAAUCUGUCUUUCGAAGAAAUUAAGGCUGCCACUAAUAUUGAAGAAGGCGAACUCCGUCGUACACUACAAUCCCUCGCAUGCGGCAAGGCGCGAGUGCUGGCGAAGACGCCGCGCGGCCGCGAGGUGGACGACGCCGACCACUUCGCCUUCAACGCCGACUUCACCAACAAGCUCUUCCGCAUCAAGAUCAACCAGAUACAGAUGAAGGAGACUAGCGAGGAGCAGAAGGCGACGGAGGAGCGCGUGUUCCAGGACCGGCAGUACCAGAUCGACGCCGCCAUCGUCCGCGUCAUGAAGAUGCGCAAGGCGCUGUCACACAACCUGCUCAUCUCCGAGCUCUACAACCAGCUCAAGUUCCCCGUCAAGCCGGCAGAUCUGAAGAAACGCAUAGAGUCGCUGAUCGACCGAGACUACAUGGAACGCGACAAAGACAACCCCAACCAGUACAACUACGUCGCGUAAUACUCACACGCACACUACGACACGAGCCACUGACGUCACAACACCCGCCGGGGGACGGACCCAGGACAAGAAUAGAUGAGCCGUGAACACCUACCACCAGUCAAUAUAAUGUCUACCACGACCAGCCGGUCAGUCUGUUCGCGACUUCGAAGGUUAGACGGUCGCUCCCAAUACUGAUUCAGCCGCAACGGCCGAUCUACAGCAGUGAAUGUAGCAAGCUUUGUUCUGUGUCGUAGUGUCAACGCCCAAACGCUUUGACUUACAACUUGUAUAUACAGUCCAUAGAUCGAGCAGUCCAUACUGCCCAUGCUCAUUUAAUCCAUAGACAUAAUAAGCGCAGGUUAAUUCAGACUGGCAGGGGUCGAUGAACUUUUUACUUAUUCCCAACUAGAUAAAUUGGGCUUGAAAAGACAAGGACGAAAUGAGUAGUUUUGUUACAAAAUGCUGAUGUAGAGCAUCCAGGAGUUUGUAAAGGUAUGUGACGAAAAAUUGUAUAGAAAAGCUAGGGGUCUAUUUCUAGAAUAGUAUGGAAGGCACGCAGGUGCAAGGCGCAGUGAAUUAUUGUUCGCGGUAUAAAUUCAAGGAGUCCGUCUAGAUUUAACCUGCGUAUAAAGACUUCGUUUUGCAGUCUACUGUAAUACAUGAAAUUUUGAGAUGCCUUCGAAAUGCCCUUAGAUAAUUCUCAUUAAUACCGGUUUUUAAUUAACGUUUAUUGAAUGGUAACUCAGGGAUACUUAUCCGAAAUAGAAAGUGUUACAUGAUGAUGAAAUAUUUCCAGAAUGGCUGAUAGUUUAUCUAAUAGCUCGUAAGUACAUCGCUGUUAACUAGAUUUUCUGCGCUCAAAGAUAACGGAGAAGCUACUUUAUGGUGACAUGAAAAUCUGAAGAAAUUCUAAAAUAGUACUUUGAGAGUAGAAAAGCUUUUCUUAUUUUCGAGCUAACGAGGACAGACAAGAGGUAUUCCGCUCUGCGUCCCGACUCCGCUAUAUAUAAAUAUAAAUUAAUGAUUACACCUUAGAAAUAUAAAGUGUGAUAUUAGAGAAUCGAGUACCCUCCGCUUGAAACGGACUAGUUGUGAUUACACGAUAAUUAUAUUCAUUCGAAUUCAUAUUAUUUUUUUAGUUGAAAAAUCUUUAUUUUGUGAAAAUUGAUAAAAAAAAAUAUUUUACCGUGUGUAAUGAUUGCAGUGCAAAUGUUUUAACAAUAGAGAAAUGAUUGAAAUUACUAAUUGAACGUAAUGUUUGUAAUGUCGUCCAUUAUUUGAUUUCCAUAUUAGUUUGUUUUUAGCAGGAUUUAAGAGAUUUGUCAGCUUUGCUGUGUCCCAGAUUUACUUAUUAAUAUUCGUGUAAAUUAAUAAGUUAAUCUAUCACUUUUCUAAUGUUAUAAUGUAAUCCUGUUAUUCGUUAGGGAGUGUUUACAUUGGAACUAAAUAGCAUAAGUUACGAGUUUCUUCGUUAUUGGCGCAGCUUGGCUGACAAACUCAUAUUACAAUUGACAUAUGUAUAGUUUCAUAAUUUCAUGAUUCAUGUUAGUAUUUCUUUGUUUUGUGUCGUGAUAUCAGCUUGUGUUUCCACGUCAGUUUCAGGAGGGAUCACUAAUUAAACUAUUUAUAAUUUUC